CCUAUGUUUGGUUCAUGGUAUUACUAAUACCAUUGUAAUACAUUACUGAUCUAAUCGGUGAAAUCCACCGAUUUGUAAUCUGUCCCUUUUGCCCAGAUUAGGCACCGCUUCAGUUUACCCUCCCAUCGGCUUCCCAUUUGUUUCUCUUCUGUUCCUUCUAGCCUCUGCCGAUUUGCUCCCUCUGUUUAUUUUCUUUUCUUUUCUGCCGAUUUGCCCCCUCUGUUUAUUUUCUUUUCUUUUCUGCCGAUUUGCUCCCUCUGUUUCUUUUCUUGAUAUUGUUCUUCAAAAUUAGAUGGUAAGUGUGGAGGUGCUCUUUGCUUUGUCCCUAUUGGGACUCUCCUUUCUUAGUUGCAUUAAUGAAGAAAGUUAGAAGAGUUUUGUGCCAAAAAGUUGCCAAGUUAUUAAAAUUUCAAUUCUGUAAUUCUCAGAAAAUACAGAUCUUUGUUUCUUUACUUCUCUGUUGCCAAAUUACAUACAGAAAAAUGUUCUGACUCUGGAAGGAAAAUUAAAAGGCAAACAGAUAUUCGAAUUUCACUUUUCAUGAUAGAUGGAAAUCUUCAGUUCUAGCAGAACCACAAUAAAAAUUCAUAGAAGUGAUCCAAUCCUCCGAAUCCAUUGGUUAUGCAGGAUGGCCAUCUAAAGACUAUUCUGGAAGGGAUCUCAAAGUUGGCAUCUGAUAAAGUGUUAGCUGAAGAUGGAUUUGCAAUCCAUCUUGGUGAAGCUUCUUUCUCAUUUUAAGGACUUGGAACAUGUGUUUUCUUUGAAUCAUUUUCUUCAGAUCUUAGAUAUGAUGCAUGGGAACUCUCGGGGCAUUGUCAAUAUGCAUAUACUUGAUAUGGCUACAAGGAAUGGUUAUGUACAUGAUCCAACAACCAUACAGUUACUCUUUGAAAUAUCACAGGCUUUACAUAGUGAUACUGAUCUUGUAAACAUGAAAAAUGAUGAUAACCAACAGCAAGCACGGUUUAUUUCUCGUUUUGUCCGAAUGGUAGACCAUGGAGUAGAGUAUGAACGACAUUUAGCAUUUCUUAUGGAAUGUCGUGGGGGCCUUAGUAACAUUAUUGAACUCAAGAUAAACGAACAUGUAUUAUCUGUCUGCUCGAAACUGAUUGAAACUGCCAAAUUGUGUUUGAAUGCGAAGGACAAGUAUCUCACUUCCACCAUUAGUUUUCAGGACAAGAACUUGCCUGCUGCAGCUGUCUCAUCGUCUAUUGCUAUCUGAUACACAUGAAAAUGGUUCUCAAUAACAAUGUUGAUCGGAUCGGGUUUUCUAUGAAUUAUUCAUGUGGGACACAUGAAUUGACAUGAUGGUAUGAUAAGUUCGUAGAAAGGCAUAAAAAAAAAUUAAUUAUACUUGUAUUGGAUGUUCAUCAUGGAGUCCAUGUAACAUAAUUGAAAACCGGUAAAUAGGCCAGGAAAUAUUCUUUGCAUUCCUUGAUUGUUAGACUUGGAACAGUUCUUGAAAAGAAAAGCCUUUUGUCUUUUUUAUAGAUCAUUCAUUUAUCUUGAUGUAAGUUGUAUGCCAUUAUUACAACUAGAUUUCAACAAAUGAUUAUGGGUGAAG